UUAUGUCAUAUAUGGUACACUUUAAUUAUAUACCAUAGAUAAAUAAAUUUAUUCAUACAUUAUAUAUUUUUUUUGGUUUUCUAAGGUUAAGAAUCUCUAUAAAAUAUUGAAUGAUGAUUCUUUUGAUGAAUUUAGAUAUCACCAACAUUUGUUCAAAACAAUGAAACAAUUUGUCUUGCAACAAAAACCUGACAAUGUUUGCCCGUUAUGUCCUUUGCAGAGUGAAACUGAUACUGACAAGAAUGUUGCCAUUGAGUGCAUGGAUGGAUGUUUUGGGCUUGUGAGAAAAAAGUCUGCUGGUGCGAAUCUUUUACCUGCCAGACACAAUGGUACAUUUUUUGCCAAUCAGGAUGAUGUCGAUAGCUUUGUUGAUGACAACUCAAAGAAGGCAAAGCAAGCCCCUACUGAUUGCAAUGAAUUUAAAUCUGGUGAGGUUAGUAACAUGUUACGAUCCAAAGGAAGAAAUAAGCUUUUUGACGAGAAGGGAGUGUUUGGUAGAGUAUGCAGACAUGAAUACCCAAGGGGAUUUAUGAGUAUCAAACAUGGAGAAAGGAUAGCAUAUUCAGUGUAUGAGGUUAAAAAGCUUCUGUGUCAUUAUGAUGAGGAUACUGAUGUUAAAAUAAUGUAUGACAUUGCAUGUACUUUGUCUGCCCACCUAAAGAAAAACGAAGAGCAUACCAUUCUUGGACGCAUUGACUUGGCAAUUCCUGUUUUCCAUGCAUAUGGACAUAAAUCUUCUUGCCAGGUUGCUUUUGGUCCUAGAAGAAAGGAGGGAUUUGGCCUUACUGACGGUGAAGGAAUUGAAAGACUUUGGUCUUACCUCAGAGGAUUUUCAUCAAUGACAAAGGAAAUGACAGCUGGUCGAAGGGUUGACGUAUUAACAGAUGCGCUUCUUCACCAUGCAAGACAUCGUCUUCUACAGUUUGGUCCGGCAUUGUUGUCUAAAAUGCAAAAAACAAAGAAACUAAUGGAAAACUCAGUAGUACAGUUGGAGGAGAUCUUUUCAGAUUUAAAAGUUUCCUAUGGUACUGAUGUAAUUAACUCUUGGAUGAAAGCAGAAGAGAAUAUGUUGUUAAUGAGAGGCAAGAGAAAACCAUCGCCCAUGUCGUGGGAGGCUAAAUACGUACAGAACUUAGUUUUCUUGCAGGAACUGAGACAAGGCAUUGCUUCAACAGAAGCUGAAAAUCAUGAAACCAUAAACGAGCUUGUAAAGAGGAAGAAAGCGAUUUUAAAAAUUGUCAUGGGAAUUGAAAAAAGCUACAAGGUUCACCCAAGAUGGAGAAUGGGCGAGGAGAAAUUCAACGUGGCAGCAUUGUCUGUUCUUCGGGAUAGGCGAAACCAAGCAUUAGAAAAAUUAUACUCACUUGCAGUCGAACGUAUGUUCUUAUUAAAUUUGAAGCGAAAAUAUGCAGACGGCCAAGCAAUUGCAGAGAAAGUUUCUAAGCAGAUAACACAAAGGACGAAUUCUGCUAAAGUAGUUGUUGAAAAGUACAACGCUAGCCUUGCUGCUUGGAAAGACAAUGUAACUGGGUUGCCAGAAGAGCUAGAGUUUGACAAGGUAAAAGAUCCAGAAUCCGACCUAUAUAAGGAUUUCAGAGAAAGCACUUUGAGUGAGGAUCAAGUUCCAUAUUCUGUGAAGAAAAGCGCAAUAGAUUUGCAUAAUUUCAUCGAAAGAUGCAAGGAGGAAACAAGUUAUUUGAAAACUGAAAUGUGUAGGCUUGUUACGUAUCACCAAACCCAAAAGUCAAGUUUUUUAGAAUGGCUGAAGGACAACAAUGACUCGUCAUCAACCGUACUCAUUCGAGGAAUUCGGUGCAUACUUCAAAGAAAGAUUCUGGAAGAGGAAAACAAACUAAUUGUUCUUGGUGCAACGUUUGGCAAUCACCUACCAGAUAAUGUAUCAUCGUCCAUUCCAAAAAUCGAAUGGAGUCAUGAAAGCACCAUGCCCUCUACCAAACACGUUUUCGAGAACUUGGAUCAACUAGAUGACCAAAGGGAACAGAGUGAAGAACAGGACGAUGAGAUAUUGUCAAUUUUAGACAGUUCAGAUGACGAGGUUGAAGAUGAAUCUGAAAUGGAUUUCUAAAUAAAUGCAAAGCUCUCUGUAUCAUUUUGCAUGAUGUUUGAUGUACAUAAUAGGUUUUUUAAUUAUAUAUCUUGUCUAUACAAUCUGAUUUAUUUUUAGUG